AUGUCGGGUGACUUGACCUUUGGGGUUUUGGUCAAGAAGCAGUUCACUGCCCAGAAGCUGCUCUUCCAUUUCCUCUUCUGGACCUUUCACUGGGGCAUUUUUGCCUACGGAUGGUGGAAGCAAGCGGCCGAUACGAGACUAGCGGGUCUGAACACCCUGCAGUUUUCCGUCUGGAUUUCUAGAGGUGCUGGUUUGGUCCUCAGUGUCGAUGGCAUGCUCAUCCUGCUCCCCGUCUGCCGAACCGUCAUGCGAUGGAUCCGACCCAAGGUUCGCUUCCUGCCUCUCGAUGAGAACCUCUGGCUUCACAGACAGCUGGCAUACUCCAUGCUGCUGUUCACCAUCCUCCACACUUCUGCUCAUUACAUCAACUUCUUCAACGUCGAGGUCACGCAGAUUCGUCCCGUUACCGCCAUCCAGAUUCACUACGCCCAGGCUGGUGGUGUCACUGGUCAUGUCAUGCUUCUCUGCAUGCUCUUGAUGUACACCACCGCCCAUUCCCGCAUUCGUCAGCAGUCGUUCGAGACGUUCUGGUACACCCACCACCUGUUCAUCCCCUUCUUCCUUGGACUGUACACCCACACGACCGGCUGCUUCGUUCGCGACACUGCUCUGCCUUACUCGCCAUUCGCCGGAAAGGACUACUGGGACCACUGCAUCGGCUACCUUGGAUGGCGUUGGGAGCUGUGGUCUGGUGCUUUCUAUCUCAUGGAGCGUACCUACCGUGAGGUCCGUGCUCGCCGCCUCACCAAGAUCACCCGUGUUGUCCGCCACCCGUACGACGUCGUCGAGCUCCAGUUCAACAAGCCCUCGUUCAAGUACAAGGCCGGUCAGUGGCUCUUCCUCCAGGUGCCCUCGAUCUCCAACUACCAGUGGCACCCUUUUACCAUCACUUCCUGCCCCUUCGACCCCUACGUCUCGGUUCACGUUCGCCAGGUUGGUGACUUCACCCGCGCUCUUGGUGAUGCGGUUGGUGCCGGUGGCGCCCAGGCCAAGCUUUACGACGGCGUCGACCCCAUGGGAAUGUACGAGGUUGCUCUUCAGAAUGGUCAGCAAAUGCCCGAUCUCCGUAUCGACGGACCCUACGGAGCUCCCGCCGAAGACGUAUUCGAGAACGAAAUCGCUGUGCUCAUCGGUACUGGUAUUGGUGUCACUCCCUGGGCCUCCAUUCUCAAGAACAUCUACCAUCUGCGCAACGGCCCGAACCCCCCGACCCGUCUUCGCCGUGUCGAGUUCAUCUGGGUUUGCAAGGAUACCGGUUCUUUCGAAUGGUUCCAGACUCUUCUCUCGUCUCUCGAGUCUCAGUCCGAUGAGGCUGCUCGCCUUCCUGGCAGCAACGGUCUCGAGUUCUUGAAGAUCCACACCUACCUCACCCAGAAGUUGGAUAUGAACACCACGCAAAACAUCAUCCUCAACUCUGUCGGUUCGGAACACGACCCUCUUACCGAACUCAAGUCUCGCACGAACUUUGGCCGACCCAACUUCUCCAAGCUGUUCGCCACCAUGCGUGAUGGUAUCCUGGACAGAACUUACCUCAAUGGUCUGGAGGGUAGCAUGCGCACAACUGUUGGUGUCUACUUCUGCGGUCCUUCAGUGGCUGCUCGCGAUAUCAAGAAGGCCUGUAACGAAGCCUCUGUCGCAGAAGUCAACUUCCGCUUCUGGAAGGAGCACUUCUAA